GAGAUGGCCAAGUUCCAUGUUAGUAAUAAACAAUUACAAUAAUAAUGUUAUGAAACUGCAGCUGCAAGGAAACAGGAAAAAUUAUGAAUGGAAGUCUGUCAGUGUGUUCUUUGUGUUGCUUCUUUGUGAAGUGAUGGCCUUAUUUAGACUGCAAGUUUAGGUGUAACACUAUUCGUCGAUGAUGGGAAACAGAAAGAUAAGCGGAAUCUCAUUAAUGAUACGGCACUUCGAAAUGCAUGUGAUCUAACUUGCAAAAUAAAUAUUCUAGAGAUGUAUUUACAGUUGCUACAUAUAAAAAUAUGCAAGUAUCCUAGAUGUAUUUUGUUUUAUUUUUUGAGAAACGGAAAACAGAAAACGCAAGAUAUUAGACUAUUUAUAGAUGUUACGCAUUGUCAUUAUGCGUGUAUUAAUGUAAACGUGCGUGCACGCGCGUGUGUGAGGGCCAACAGCAGUUCAGGGUCCCUCCUCCCUCAAUAAUUAAAUCUGUUUCCCCCUUUCAUUUCACUUUAGCCUGGUAAUCGAGCUGAUAAGCGGAGUCGAACGAUAAAACACAUGUUUAUUCAGUCUCUCCAGCAGAACUACACGGACAGAAGGGCGAGAUAGCGGCGUGUUUAUGGACAUGUUUUUAUUCUCGCUCUGCCAGGUGUUUUAGAGCACAUGAAGCCUCGUGUGAGAUAGCAAGGAUGAAGUCCACACGGAACUUCAUGUUUUUUCUUUGUCCCAUGCUGGUGCUGGGGUUCCUCUACUAUUCUUCUGGAAGACUGCACUUACGGACCCUGGUCCAGAAAUCUCAGUACGACAAGCAGGGUUUCCUUACCAAGCUUGAUGGAAAACUGCCCCUGGAGCUCCAGUAUAAGUAUGGAAAUCUCAGUAAAGGAGAGUGUAAACCUGGCUACGCUGAAGCCAAGAUGAUGUCAAUCUAUCCAAAGUUCUCAAAACCAGCCCCCAUGUUCCUCGAUCCAAAUUUUAAGCGACUGUCAAGGAUCAGCAGUUACCCCCCUCCCUUUGGAGUAAGAACGCAAGAAAAAAUCAUCGAUGUUAUUUUAGCAGCUACAAAGAGAUAUUUACUGGACCCAGAACUGGACAGUUUGAGUUGUAAGAGGUGUAUUAUUAUUGGCAAUGGAGGCAUUUUGUUCAACAAGUCCUUGGGAUCCAAAAUCGAUGAAUACGAUGUUGUUGUACGACUGAAUGAGGCUCCUGUCAGUGGGUUCGAGAAGGAUGUGGGCUCAAAGACAACCAUGCGUAUCACAUAUCCUGAAGGAGCCAUCCAGAAACCAGAACACUAUGAAAAGGACUCGCUUUUUGUCUUCUCUGCCUUUAAACCAAUGGACUUCAAAUGGUUCCUACAUAUGGUGGCCAAGGAGAGACUGCGGAGUAUGGAGGGCUUCUGGAAGUCUGUGGCACGUGUCGUUCCUAGAGAACCCAAGGACAUGCGUAUCCUCAAUCCAUAUUUCAUACAAGAAGCAGCCUUCAGAUUCAUCGGCCUUCCACACAACAACGGCCUCAUGGGAAGAGGGAAUAUUCCUACGUUGGGGACCGUUGCGAUCACGAUGGCCCUUCAUAACUGUGAUGAGGUGGCAUUGGCUGGGUUUGGAUAUGACAUGAGUUCACCUCUUGCUCCUCUGCACUAUUAUGAGAAACUCAAGAUGUCUGCAAUCAAAGAGAUGCUUUGAUUCAGCAAAUGAGUGUGGGAGCAGUAACUUGGAUGCCUCCAACCAUAGAUGAAUUACGGACUGGGCCAAUGGGGCCAGUGCCCAGGGGCCCUUGACUACUAGGGGCCCGGGUGGGCCCAUCAACUUUGAAAACAAAUGUUUGUAAAUGCUUAAAUAUAUGGGCCCAACAGCUUAUACAAGGCCCCCUCAACGGGGCCCUGUGACUAUGAGGACCCUGAGCCCUCUUAUAGGACCCUUUUGACUUUCUGUUUCUGAGCCACUCUUUAAUCUUAUAACGCCACCUGGUGAAAGUUCCCAUACUCUUCUGGAAGUAGAAGACCUUGUAAAAUAAUUUCCAAAAUAGCUACCUUCAUAUUUGAUGCACUCAUCUUUUUUAUGUGAAAUCUUUGCUGAUUUUGAAAAAAUAAAAUUAACAAUAACGUUUAUAUUGUUAAUGAUAUUUCAAAAGUAGUAUUUAUUGAAUUCAAGCAACGUGUUUAUUAUUUUAUAAAAAAAUAAAUAAAAAAAAGUAGGUUUAAACAGGUUUAAAAAUAUAUAAUUUUCUGACUUUUAUUUAAUAUGUUACGCUUUAUAUGGUUAAGAUUUAUUCGUUGUAUAAAUGGGCUAUCGUACAAAAAAGUUUAUUAUUCAUUGCUAUAACUGCAUGUUUGCCUUACAUUACAAAAAAUAACUUGGCUUAUAGGUGGUUGGGGAAAAGAAAAUAUUGAUAUUUUACUGAUAUUUAAUAAAUAUUGAUAUUUAUUAUGUUUACAAAUGCUUGAAGUUAGAUAUUUUUACAGGUUUAACAGAAAAAAAGAAAGAAAGAAAGAAAGAAAGAAAGAAAGAAGAGAGCAUCUUAAAGCAGAUUAAAGGGCUUGUGUGUAAAUUUUGACAGCUGAAGUUUGAAAUUAAGAACAUUCCAAAACUCGUAGCUCAGUUUUUAUUUUUUUUCUCCCCUUUUCUCCCCAAUUUGGAAUGCCCAAUUCCCAAUGCACUCUAAGUCCUCGUGGUGGCGUAGUGACUCGCCUCAAUCUGGGUGGCGGAGGAUGAAUCUCAUUUGCCUCCACAUCUGAGACCAUCAAUCCGCGCAUCUUAUCACGUGGCUUGUUGAGCACCUUACCGCGGAGACAUAGCAUGUGUGGAGGCCCAUGCUAUUCUCCACGGCAUCCAUGCACAACUCACCACGCGCUCCACCGAGAGCGAGAACCACACAUUAUAGCGACCACGAGGAGGUUACCCCAUGUGACUCCACCCUCCUUAGCAUCCGGGCCAAUUUGGUUACUUAGGAGACCUGGCUGGAGUCACUCAGCACGCCUUGGAUUCGAACUCGCGACUCCAGGGGUGGUAGUCAGCGUCAAUACUCGCUGAGCUACCCAGGCCCCCAACUCUGUUUGUACAUGUACUUAAAUAUUCUGUCAAUGUAAUGUAGUCUAGGGGAUUUUUGGCCACUUUGAAACGGCUUAAUUAUGCCUUCCCAGGGCUUUUUGAAGGAAGAAUAAUAAUGGUAGCCAAACUGUAGGGUCUUUCCAAACAGAAUUUUCUAAAAAAUGACCAAAUGACCACUAUUUUUGAGCCCCACACCUUUCAACCCUUCAAAGCUCUCACAAUGGAGGGUAAAGUCUUUGAAGGAAAUAGGGUAUAGGGAUGAUCACUUCUGAAUGGAAUGCACCCCAUCAUUCAGAUGAGUUAGAAAAGAUAUAGCAGCGCAAGCCAGAACUACCUGAACUCUGCCAAAUUUCACCAAACCCUUGCAUAGAUACUUUAGGAGCCAACUGUUUUUGUUAAAUUCAUCAAUAUUUAAAGUGCUUGAUGAAGUUAAAAUAUUUCAUAAUUUAUUUUGGCCCCUUUAAAUAUAUGCAUUUUGUAUGCAUAAUUUGUAGUAUUUACAUUGAGUUUACAUUAUGUAUAAAAUAUUUUAAAUUGGUACUGUCUCUUGAACAGUGGCUGUUCAGCAAAUGUGCUGAGUGGUUUCUUUAUCACAGCCAUGUGUUUGAAAGACGUGUGUUUGAAUUAAUCUGACUGUAAAUAACAGAACAGGUAUUAAAAGAGACUUAAAUCAAUGAAAAUCGAUUGCGUAGAUCUCAACUUUAAAAGAAAAUUGGCCCCUGAGCCCUUGCUAGUCAUAAUCCGCCCCUGCCUCCAACUACAUCUUUUUUUUUUUUUUUUUGCUGUUAUUUUUUUUGUGUGACGAAGAUAAAUAAACUCUAGAAACUGUGCGAAAGUUGUUUUUAUUUAGAUAAUUGCUUUGCACCAAAUUUCUUGAAUAUAUGUUGAAAUUUCAACAGAAGUGAUGUAGAAUCAGAUUCUAACAUCGAUUCAAUGACAUAACUUGAUUUUUUUAUUUACAUUUCAAUUUUGUUUCAAGAUUAAUGCAGGGUGCAAAAGUGAUGUGGAAACAACAAGUUGAUUCAGCAACGUUAACCAUCGGUGAUGCAUGGUUUGGGCUACUGGGGUUUAAGCCCCGAAUGUGUUUAUAAUCUUGAAGUGAUGUCAAAAGCACCAGUAACUCUUUAUCUAACUGACAUUAAAUAGGAAUAUAUGUACUGUAUAAGUUAAUGAUACCGGUCUUGGUAUCGAUAAUGCCAUGUACGUGCUGUCUUGUUGACAGCUGCUUUACAGCACUCAUGCAUACCUGCGUGCAUGCGAGACGAGUGCUCAUGACUCGCGAUUGCAGCUGUAUGUGAAUGGUCAAAAUGGUCUUGGUGAGGUUUUGGAGAUUUUGUUGAGUUGGUCCAUCCAGAUGCAGCAAGUACCAAAUAUUAAGAUAUGUAACCCUGAAAACAAAGAGUAAUACAUACAGAUGUGCUUGAAGAAUUUGCAAAUGUUAAGUUACAAACAAGGACAUUUGCAAAACUCUUUUUUUUAAGAAACGAUGCCAUGAACCUCGCAAACUUUGGCAAAUCUACCAACUACUUUUUUCAUGAUCACCUGUUUUAGCUUAGUUACGGUUUCUGUCUUCUAAACUAAUCAAUAACACCCAACAAAUCAAUAAUAGCCUAUCAAACUUGUCAAUUGUACAAUGUGCAUCGAACUACGGAAAGACGAAAGGGACCAGAGUUGUUUUUUAAAGGCACGCAACUUAUCUUUGAGAAUUUUAUCUUUGAAAUUUUGUUACAUUUCAGUGUUGUUUCAACAAAUUUGAUGUAGAAUCAACAUCGGAUUCUACCAUUGAUUUAAUGUCUUAACAUUUAUUUAUUUUUUUCGAUAUUGUUUCUGCAUUAAUUGAGAGUGCAAAUGUGAUGUAGAAUCAACAUCAGAUAGUAAUGUUAAUUCAGUGCCAUUAACUUUGACAACACUGUUUCAAUGCUUGUUGGCUAUCUAGAAAGGCAGUAAUCGGAUGUGGUGAAGCUCUUCUGUAGGGUAAUUCUGUCUAUAUUAGGUCCAAACUGUUUGUGCCUGCAGACCACUCAGUGUAGUUGUUGAUAUUUCUCAUGUUUUGUGUAUUUAGCAUGUACAACUGAUAUUGUAACGUUGGCAUUGGUAUUGAUGGCACUGUAUUUCAUUGUUAUGUCAUUUUCUCUCAUGUGCAGUGUGUUGAAAGAACUUUACUCAGUAGAGCUCUUCUGUUGUUGUACAUGUCUGCUAUUAUGGCUUCUGAAAUCAAAAGCAAACAAUGUCACAGUGCUUUUUAGAGCGGCACGUGAUAACCAUUUGAAUUUUUUUUGUCUAUUUCUGAACAUUUACCCUAUUGUGUCUCUUUUUCCUCUCUCACACACACCCAGUCGUGGACACACAACAUAUCCAAAGAGAAAGAGUUUCUCCGGAAGCUGGUGAAGGGCGGAGUUAUUCAGGACCUGACCAAUGGGAUCUGACGUCACUCCCUCGUCAUACAGAUGACAGACCGUAUUCACCAUCCUCCCAUGUGGACAGUGUGGAAAUCCCUGCUGACAGACUUGUUAAUGUGAGCGAUCGCAGGUCAUAAAGCAAGAGAUGUAUGAGCCAAUCACAUGGUACCUCUGGAGGAAGUGUCCUCGCCUCAUAUGCUGACAGUAUCUAUGGCAACCUAACCUCAAACACUAAGCUUUAAUUAGAGGAAUAGUUCACCUAAAAAGAAAUCUGUCAUUUCUUACUCAUCCUCAUGUUGUUCCAAAUCCUAUUGUAAUUUUUUUUUCUGGUGGAGCACAAAAGGAGAAAUUUCAUGCAAAUGUAUUUUCUGGCAAUCACAUCUGUUAACCUCCAAAAAGUGGCAAAAAAGCACCAUGAAAGUAUUCUGUAUGACUUGUGCGCUAUAUUUCAAGUCUUCUGAAGUCAUAUGAUAGCUUUGUAGUCUUUAUUUUAGAGAAAAGUGGAGUGUAUACAGGAAAGUAGGGAUGAGAGAAGAGAAAUGGGAUCAGAACAUGACCCACACUGGAAUCAAACAUGGGCUCGGGGGAGCCAACUUGAAGUUCGCUGAUUUUAUUAAUUUUAUUUGUUUGUGGUCAGUUAAUUUGGUUACCAGCUAACUUAGUUAAUUUAUAUCACGAACAAUCUUGCCCUCCUGUUAGCUGUUUAUUCGGUAGCCGAAUCAUUGUGUCAAGUAAGUUGAGCUCGUGAAUCGAAUCAGUCCGAUUCAUGAAUGAAUCAGUGAAUCAGAACCAGUUCUUUUCAAUGCCCUGUUGAAACAUCCUCUUCAAUGACUGUGAUCCAGUUUACCAAUCUGAGACACUGAUCCAGUUGCAGCGGUUCUCGAGUGAAUAAUGACUUAAAUUCCAGUCUGUUUCUUACACAAAGCUAUUGAAUGACUUCAGAAGACUUGGAAUUAGUCAUGUGGACUACUUUUAUGAAUGUUUUCAUUGUCAUUUUUGCAGCUUGAUAGAUGUGGUCACUAUAAACUGUCUGUAACAAUUCAAGGAUGGGCAAGGAGGAGGCGGGAACUGGCUGAACAGUAAACAAAGUUUUAAUGUUAAACUUAACUUAAAACAAACAUAAACAAACACAGAUACACGUGCAACAUGGCCACAUGCGUCUCUCUCUCACACUCUCGAACUGACACCUCCAGCUCCCCUUUACCUUGCUCUCCCGCUGAUCAGCUGAUUCAGCGCCGGCCGUGCACCAUCACAGCCCGGCCACGCCCUCCUCCUCGUCACACUAUCAAAUGGAAAAGAGCUACCAGAAGAUUCUACAAACUUUUUUCAGUGGAAAAAAAAAACUAGAAACAGCAGGUUUGGAACGAUUUGAGGGUGAAGAAGUAAUGACAGAAUUUAAAUUUGUAUUGUUAAUUAUUCCUUUAAGAUGCAAGCCACGCAGGAGAGAACGAGUCUGUCUUUGCGCGCCGCAGCGUGAUCAAGACUGACACCUCUGCUACUUUCUCCUGUUUUUCCUUUACUCCACAGUAGAGACGGGAGUGGUUUCUGAUGUGAAAUGUUUGUGUACAUGUACUUAGUAUUUAUUAGACAGUAUUUUAAUCACCAUUAUUAAGAUGCUUUAUUUUUUAAGCCAGGUAAACUUUAAUGCUUUAAAACUGUUCUCUUCAAUCUCAGGCUAUGCACUACUGCACAACACCACAGAACAAAUGAUUGUCGACUUUGAUUUCCUGCUGCUCUUCUGUUCAGAACUGUGCCAUUAAUCAGCAUUCACUUGUUUCCUGCAGCUUGCACAUGUGUAUUCCUCUCUGUGUGUAAUCUGAACGUGAGAUAUAGGAGACUGGGUCUAUUAAAGUAUUAUCAAGGUUUAUAAGUUCUUGAGUCCAAAAGGAGGUUUUCAUUUCAGUUGUAGACUGAUGCGUUCGAAAAUAUUGGAUAAGGGGCUGUUCACAUAGAACACAUAUUUGCAUCUGUCUGCACUGUUUCGGGAAUGUUUGUCUGUGUAAAUAUGCACUUGAUGGACAUCUUUGACAUUGUAAUAUGUCUUGCUGAUUUUUUAGUCUUGUGUGCCUUAGCACCCGAUUUUUAAGACUAUAUCAAGUUAACUUUUAGAAACGUGCCCUGAGAUAACUGCAUUCUGUUUAAUUUGCAGUUUUGAGUAAAUUACUUCUGAAAUGUAAUCUGAAACUUAAUAAAGUAAAAUAAUCUGAUUAUAUUCAGAUUGAUUAUUGUAUGUUUUGAUGAAAAUCAAUCAAUUAAAGUGUAUUAAGUACCAAUUUGCACAUUAUUUAAGAUAACCAUGAUCAUUAUGCACUUGUAAUUGCAAACUGCCAUCUAAAUUUAAAAUCAUUUUAAGGGAAUAUAAAUCCCAUGAAAUACUUGUUUUAUAUUUAUCAC